GAAAAUUAAAGUAAAUUUUAUAAAAGAUGCAGCUGCACUGGAUAUGCAUAUUUGUGCUCUUCCUGCCCGGAUUGGGUGCGGGUUAUCGUAUACUCUUCAUGGGACCCUUUCCGGCGCCCAGUCAUUGGAUGUGGCUGGAGCACUUUCAGCGUGAUCUACUCAAACGUGGCCAUCAGGUGACCAGCGUGAACAAUCAUCCUACAAAAAAGCCACACGAGAAUCUAACAGAGAUCAUACUAAGCCCCUCAUUUGAUAUACCCAAACAUUUUCCCAAAAAGAACAUUUUUAGCAUGAGAUUUGCCAGCGACUUUCAGAAUCUUCAAAUGUGGUGGCAAAUAGGAUUAAUGACGACGGAGCACGCACUUCAGGAUCCAAAACUAAAGCAAUUGAUUGCAUCUAAAGAUGAGCAUUUUGAUCUGGUGAUUUUGGAACAAUUCUUCCAUGAAGCUUUUUUAAUGUUUGGCAAAAAAUUCAAUUGUCCAGUCGUUACCAUAGGCACAAUGGGAUAUGCCGAUAAUAUGGACCAUGCCAUGGGCAUUUUGACUCCUUGGUCUGUUAUUCCACAUCUCCUGCUAUCCCAUACGGAUCAGAUGACAUUCAGCCAGCGUGCUUAUAAUACAUAUCUCUCAAUGUACGACGCCGUAAUGCGUCGUUGGUAUUAUCUACCCAAAAUGCAGGAGUUGGCAGAAAAGCAUUUCAAUAAUUACAUAGAAGGACCGCUGCCUCAUGUCCACCAACUGGAGAGAAAUAUCUCUUUGAUGCUAAUCAAUAGUCAUCGUAGUGUGGACCUGCCCCGACCCAGCAUGCCGGGUCUAAUCAACGUGGGUGGUGCUCACAUACAACCAGCUAAGAAACUGCCAGAGGAGUUGCAAUCCUUCCUCGACAAGGCCACUCAUGGCGUAGUCUACUUCAGCCUGGGUUCCUAUAUGAAGAGCACGGAUAUGCCGCCGGAGAAGACAGCCCUCAUAUUGAAGGCCUUUGGCCAACUGAAGCAGCAAGUUUUGUGGAAAUACGAAAAUGAAUCAAUUGGCCAGUUACCCUCGAAUGUGAUGAUUAAGCAAUGGAUGCCCCAGAAUGAUAUUCUAGCCCAUCCGAAUAUUAAGCUAUUCAUCACCCAUGGAGGCAUCUUCGGCACCCAGGAGGGCAUCUAUUGGGGUGUGCCAAUGCUGUGCAUCCCCCUCUAUGGAGAUCAGCAUAGGAAUUCGAUCAAGUCGGUUCGUGAGGGUUAUGCUCGAUCCCUGAUCUUUUCCAAACUCACCACAGAUGAUUUAGUUCGCAACAUAGAGGCCAUGAUAUACGAGCCUCAAUACAAGCGGAGUGCCUUGGAGGUGUCGCAACGUUUCCGCGAUAAUCCCAUACAUCCGAUGGAUGAGGCUAGCUACUGGAUUGAAUACAUCAUAAGACAUGGCGGUGCGAAACAUUUGAAAUCGCAUGGGGCCUUCUUGCCAUUGUAUCAGUAUUUGCUGUUGGAUGUAUUGUUCUGCGUCCUUUUGGCCGCAUGGCUAUCCAUUUGGCUGCCUUGGCGUAUGUUGAGGCGUGUCUAUAGAUGGUGGGCAGCGGGGAAUGAAGCUGCAAAGGUGGAUAAGGAAAAGAAACUUUUAUAAGAAUUGUGAUAGAUUGUUGAUCUAAUUUUUAAGUGCCAAUAAAUAAUGUUAUAUUUGUAAAA